GGUUGGGUGAUCAGGCACAGUCAGGCUGAGCCAGCCAUCCUGCAGUCACGGCACCAUGAGUGUCUCCGCGCUGAGCCCCACCAGAUCCCUGGGCAGUUUCUCUGGGCUCCUGCAAGUGGCCUUCCUGCUCGGCCUGGUGCUGCUGCUGCUCAAGGCUGUCCAGCUCUACCUGCACCGCCAGUGGCUGCUCAAGGCUGUCCGAGAGUUCCCAUCACCUCCCUCCCACUGGCUCUUCGGGCACUACAAGGAGUUCCAAGAGAAAAAUGAACUGCCCGUGAUAGUAAAAUGGAUGAAGAAAUACCCAAGCGCUUGUUCUCGCUGGCUGUGGGGGGCAAAGCCCCAACUUUUGAUCUACGACCCUGACUAUAUGAAGGUGAUACUUGGGAGAUCAGACCCCAAAGAUGACAGUAUCUACCGUUUAGCGAGUCCCUGGAUUGGGUACGGUUUGCUCCUGUUGAAUGGACAGCCCUGGUUCAAGCACCGACGCAUGCUGACCCCAGCUUUCCACUAUGACAUCCUCAAGCCCUAUGUGGGGCUCACAGCUAAUUCUGUGCGAGUGAUGCUGGACAAAUGGGAAGAGCUCAGCAGACACAGUGUUCCCAUGGACGUCUCUGGACACAUCUCCUUGAUGACGCUGGACUCCAUCAUGAAGUGCGCCUUCAGCUACCCCAGCAGCCUGCAGUCUGACAGGAAGUCCCGAACCUACACCCAGGCCAUCGAGGACAUAAAGAACCUCUUCUAUUUCCGCAAGUGGAACUUUUUGUACCAUAAUGACUUCAUCUACAGCCUGACUUCCAUGGGCCGCAGAUUUUUCAAGGCCUGUGAGCUUGCCCAUGAACACACAGACCGUGUGAUCCAGCAGAGGAAGUUACGCCUGCAUGAUGAGGGUGAGUUGGAAAAGAUCAGGAAGAAGAGGCACCUGGACUUCCUGGACAUCCUGCUCUUUGCCAGGUCAGAGGAUGGGAGUGGCCUGUCUGACAAGGAUCUACGGGCAGAAGUGGACACAUUCAUGUUCGAGGGUCACGACACCACGGCCAGCGGCAUCUCCUGGAUCCUCUAUGCAUUGGCCACGCACCCCGAGCACCAGCAGCAGUGCCGGGAGGAGCUCCAGAGCCUGCUGGGGGAUGGCGCCUCCAUCACCUGGGACCACAUGGACAAGAUGCCCUACACCACCAUGUGCAUCAAGGAGGCGCUGCGGCUAUACCCGCCUGUGCCUGGUGUGACCAGAGAGCUCAGCUCACCUGUCACCUUCCCUGAUGGGCGCUCCCUACCCAAAGGAAUUUCAGUGGGCCUGUCCAUUUAUUGUCUUCACCACAAUCCAAAUGUGUGGCCCAACCCAGAGGUGUUUGAUCCUUCCCGGUUUGCACCAGGUGCUGCUCGGCACAGCCAUGCGUUCCUGCCCUUCUCAGGGGGCUCCAGGAACUGCAUCGGGAAGCAGUUUGCCAUGAAUGAGAUGAAGGUGGCUGUGGCGCUGACCUUGCUCCGCUUCGAGCUGGCUCCUGACCCCUCCAGGGUCCCUAUUCUCAGUGCUAAAACUGUGCUGACUUCAGAGAAUGGAAUUCAUCUCUACCUCAAGAAACUCCCUUAACAAUGUGGGGUCACUGAUGGGUGUGAGGGGCUUCUGCCUGCUACUCUGUCUACUGUCACCUGACCCUUUUUCCCUUUACUGAUUUCUUCUCUUUGGUGUAAGAAAAGGGAGUAUGCUAUUUGCAGAAACACAUACCAGCAUUACUCUUGGUCAUAUGCUUAUGGGGUGUGGGAUCUGUGGGGGAUGGGGUUGCGCCUAUGAUUUCUGAUUAGAAAACUCAGGGAUUACUUCUGGUGACACUCAGCAUACCAGGCCUUAAGAUUGGAUCUCGGGUCUUAGGAUGAGUACUGUGCAGACCAUAGGGGCCAUUCUGGAAGUACUCAUGAGCCUCGAGCUAUCCUCUGCAGCUCAAGGGCCUUCCAGGCCAUGUCCAUUAAUGGUUGGGGAACUGCCUUGAAGCAGGGAUUGACGGGUUCAGGCUUAGCCCCUUGACUAUCUCCCUACAUGUCUCCCCCUUCCUUCUUUCUACCUGCCUCCUGCUUGAUCUCUUAUCUUUGCCAGUUCUGUUAUCUCCCUUCAUUGUCUCUAAUUCCUGGACUCCCCAUCUAUUUGUCCUUCUGCCUCUCCCGACACACUGCACAUCUGAGCACCACGUAAGUUUUGAUUGCCUGCCUGAUCUCAGCCUGCUGAGCUUGGCUGUAUUUCUUCCUUUAACUUCCAUAUGUAUCUGAUUGGUGUUCUCCUGUGGGUCUAAUAAAGUACAUGAAACUUUGA